UAAAUUAAUGGCACUAAAAAUGUGGAAAUCUUAACCCUUAUCUCUCUAGUCAUCCCAGAUUCUUUCAUCACCAUCUUCUCCGCUCUGUUUCUAUAAACUAAAAACCCGUCUAUGCUAAGUUCUCAAAGACCCACCACCAGCACCGCCACUACUAGCGGAGAAACCCAUCAUCAUCACGACCAAGAUCGUGAUCAAAAUGAACAUAUCCGUGAUAUCCACGCCCUAACACCACCGCAACCGCCGUCCGUCCCCCGAAGCCGUCGGGAAACAGGCAGUCAGCAGUCAAACUCCAUGUCCGUGAGCGGUGAAGGAGCUACAAGUGAGAACUUAACCACCAUGAGCAGAGAGUUCAAUGCUCUGGUGGUUGCUGGCUCUACUAUAGGAAGUAGCAUGAACAACAAUAAUGGUAGCUCUGAUAACAACAACGAUCGUGAGGAUAUAAUUAAUGGAAACAACUGGUUGGAGAGGAUUGGCGAGGAUGAUGAACCGAAUGAGACUAACCCAUUGGCUAUCGUGCCUGAUAACAACCCCAUGGACCCAGACCCCGGCUCAAGGGCUGAGAACCACCGGCUGGUGGGUGGUGGGGCGGAGGUGUCAGUGCAGAGAGUGAAGAAAGAAGAGGUCGAGACAAAGAUUUCUGCAUGGCAAAACGCCAAGAUUGCUAAAAUCAAUAACAGGUUCAAGAGAGAAGAUGCUAUAAUUAAUGGGUGGGAGAGCGAGCAAGUUCAGAAAGCUAGCUCUUGGAUGAAGAAAGUUGAGAGGAAGCUGGAAGAGAAAAGAGCAAGAGCUCUUGAGAAAAUGCAGAAUGAGGUAGCAAAAGCACACAAAAAAGCAGAGGAUAGAAGGGCAUCAGCUGAAGCUAAAAGAGGAACAAAAGUGGCUAGAGUUCUUGAAAUAGCCAAUUUGAUGAGACUUGUUGGUAGAGCUCCUGCCAAACGCUCCUUCUUUUGAUGAGACUUAUUGUUGUACUCUUCAUAAAAACAUAUUUUUAACAAAUUAAAAAAAAAAAAAUUGUCCCAAAGUAUUAGAGCAUCCUUCAUCUUUUGAACUUUAGGGUACCCCACAUGAAAUGGGGCAAUGAAGAGUUUGAAAUUUCAAGUGUG